CGUCGGCGCCGCGUUCACGGCUCCGUUCCUCGCUUUCGCGUGGCAGUCGCGCGUGCUUUGUUUUGCCUCGUGCGGCGCAUGGUGGCCGCCCUGUGAUCGAGGCCGCCUGGAGGAGCUACAAUUUGCACGCUGUUCCGCGCGCUCUGCCGGACUGCGUUUGUCUCGGGAGAGCAGCGGUCGUGCCGAAGCUCGGCUGCCGAGGCUGUCCGACAUGGCCCUGGAGAACGCGACGCGUCGCGCGUCGCCAACGCGGACCACGGCCCGGCCUUCCUCGAGCCAGGGUUCGGCGGCUGACAGCGAAACAUGCCUGACGGGCGAUGGGGCGGGUGGCGUUGCCGCUGGCGGUCGAAGUCCAUCGAGCCAGCAGCAGCGCAGCCCCAGCCACAGCGUCCGCAGGAAGCCACGUGCCUCCCCGCACCGAUACCACGGCAGCCACAGCAACGGCUGCGCCUCGGCCACGGCAUCCCCUUUGCGGGACGCCAGUGUGAGUCGGUCCCAGUCCAUGCGCACCACACGCCGGCCCCACUCGCUACAACGCCACUUUCGCGACCGGAUCGCCAGUAUCCCGGGCGACCUGCUCAUGGUGAACGGCGCCAACGACUCGCGCGGUUCGUCCAGCAGCUCGUUGCCCUGCGACGAGCCGGCGGCAGACGUGCAACGCCUAAGAAACUUUGCCGUCACCUCCAAGGGCGUCGUGAACCGCGGUGACUCUUUCCGUUCUAAGUCGCGCAGUACGCACAGUGUCGCCUCGACAGGCAGCGGCCACAAGCUGGCUGUCCCUGGCUCCUCGGACGUCGGCGGUGAAGCGACCAGCGACGCGUACUGCGUGUGUGCCUCGUUGGAUGGAGACAGACGCGUUGUCAGCUCCUUGCAGCAACUCAGUCCCGAGCCAGUGGUGCGCACAGACCGGGCCACGUUCGCGCUCGCCUGCCUUGAGCCCGCUGGUCCGAGCCUGUCCGGACUGCCGCCCGAGGUCGUGGUCACAAGAAGCGCCGAGCCGGCUGACCUGGCCCGCUACCGAAUCCUUGUCCUUGGUGCCCGAGAGGUGGGCAAGACGUCGCUCAUCAACCAGUUCAUGACUUCCGAGUACAUCUACGCGUACGACAGCUCUGUCGAUGAAGAGAAUGAGAAAUCCGUCAUGGUGGUCCUCAAUGGAGAAGAGUCGGAGCUCAUCUUCAUCGAACAUGUACAUCAAGACGAACUGUUGCAGCAUACGAGGAACCCGUGCCAGGCAUUGAGAACUCCACCGACGUUGUUCAACCCUGCGGUCAUGUAUCGUCCAGAUGCCUACCUUGUCGUCUACAACGUUUGCAGCCGAAGCAGUUUGAAGGUCGCGAAGGAGUAUCUGUCUCUGAUACACCGCUGGGACAACGUGGAUCACAAAGCCGUCAUUAUGGUGGGCAACAAGACGGACCUCGUUCGUCACCGCACUGUCACCACAGAUGAUGGGCGCUGCUUGGCCACCAACGAGCGGGUCAAGUUCAUCGAGACGUCGGCGUGUAUCAACCACCACGUGGACGAGCUCCUGGCCGGCCUGCUGCACCAGAUUCGUCUGAAGAAUCAGAUCAGCUACAAGGAGAGCUGCAAGCGCGACUCGGUCCGAAUGCGGGGGCGCAACUCCAGCUGCACGUCGUCCUUCUCUGGGUGCAAGGCCAAGGUCUUCCUUAAGCGGUUCCUGCGAAAGGCCUGUUCGCGAUCGCGGUCCUGCGACGAUCUCCACGUCCUCUGAGCGGGACGCUGCAUCUUCCGACAUCCUCGGCUCUGGUUGUGUUCUCUUUCGCGCGUAGCUCAACGGUCGCUCGCUCUCUCACCGUGACGCCCAUUCCCAGGAUUUGGGGACAUCUGUACGUGGCGCCAUCUGUCGGCCGCAGCAAUGGCGUCCUGCCAUAACUUAAUGGGAAAUAGAUGAAAAAAAAUCAUAUCUCUUGAAAAAAGCUAGUUAUCAAAAACGACUCCGGGUUCUAUGCAGCAGAGACCUACUGGGACAUUUUGGUAAAAUUGCAGUAUCGCACUACAAAGCGUGUGGCUUCCCAGGACAGUUGUACACCGCCCAUUAGAAACACAUGGGGCCCCAUUGUAAAAUAAUAAACACUCUGGGAAGCCACAUGGUUUGUGGUGCGACACUGUAAUUUUAACAGAAUAUUCAAAUAAGUCUCUGCUGUAGAGGACCGGGAGUCGUUUUUGAUAACUACCUUUUUUCGUCAGAUAUGAUUUUUUUCGCCUAUUUCCCAUUCAGUUACGGCAGGCCACCGCUCUCACCGACGAGAGAUGGCGCUACGUGCACAUGUCUCCAAAUCCUGGUCAUGUGGCGGAACACGCGCGUGCACUGCGACGAAGACACGGCGGCCGUGUGUCGUGGACGCGAUCGGUUCCCUCGGCACGGAACUGGUGGGAGAGUUUCACUUCUUUCGUCGCGGCUAUUUACAUUGUCGGGGACAACAGCAAGCUUGAACGCGAUUCAAUCCGCGGGGGAAAAAAGCUCGAACGUCCCUGUCUUGUAAGAGCCAGUCGACGUGUUUGAUGGGCCGAGGUGUAAGAGUAAGCAAUCCGCUUUCCUCAUACAGCAGGGGCUGGUCAUUAAGUUCCCAGUGACACCGAGUGAACACUAGUCGAUAAUCCAGUGUUCACGUUGAUCACGCGUUAGCACGUGCGGCGUGAUAGCAGCCACGUUUUUUGCUAACGCAACUGUCCACUAUGGUAUCGACGACGCUUUUGCGUAUACGACGCCGUGGUCUAGCAGCACUGCGCGAAUGGUGAUUCUUUUUUUUUUUCCUUCGUGGUUUUAGGAGUCUUCGAUGUGCACUAUUUCCAUCGCCGUGCUCUGAAGGUCACCACCGGUGCUUCAAAGUGCCAUGCUAUCGAUCCGUAUAACAAAAUCCGGCCUCGAUCGAAGGCAUUCGCCUCCAUACUUUAGUUCUAGACACUGUAAUCCGCACAAACCCGGCGGACGUCGCUGUCUAUUCACAAACGUGCCACUUUUAUAUCGAGAAAUGCCGUGACAGGUUGAAAACGCUCAGCCAAAGAGACGCGGAAAGAGCCGAACAACUUUUCUCAGGGAGCAUUUUUUUUUUCUUUCUUUCUGGAGCGAUGGCGCUCCCGAUUGACUGACGGUGCAAAAUUGAAGCUGUAACGACCACUUCUGUGCUGUAAACAGACCACCGUAGAAAGUCUCGCAGCAAAUUCUUUCAGUACGCGGGAACUGUUUAUUUCUGGGAACUUAAUGAGAGCCCUCCGCAUAACCAUUUGAUUCGAUCAUUCCUCUCAGCGGAGCCCUUCGCGAGCUGGUUCUGCCUUUGACAGUGCAUUUCACCUCGCUGAUUACACAGAGAGAGGGGAUAAACAUGCUGCCUUUUUCUUUCUACUAUUGUACGUACAAUUGCUCCUUUUGAGUUCCUUCGUGAGGGAACAAUGUGCAGGCCCCAAAAAAGUGUGAAAGUCGUGGUACACUGCUUGCUGUAAACAUGGUUGCAGGGGAACCGACGGAGAUAAUCAUCUUGAUGCUCAUUGUCUCGGCUUCGUACGGGAAGUCGCGCUUUUUUUUUUCUUAAGGGCCACUCUUCUUUGUUGUACAUUUCGCUUCCGUUGUUUACGUAGUUUUACGAUUCGCCGUGUUUCACUAUGUGCGAGCACAAUGUGUUUAUACAUCGCUUCAUGCGCGUCGGUUCAUGUGUUUCGAAACGCAGAUGUGAAAGCGACUGCUGGUCAGUGGUUCGUAUGCACAAGUCCAACUGUCAAUUUUUUUUUUUAUCUUCUUUUUUUUUGCUCUCCAUGCGCGUUUCAUCCAUAUAUCUUCCACAUUGUCUUCGGCGUUGUGUGAGAAUGUCGUCACAAGUAGUUUGUUACAGUGCACCGGAUGUAUUGGACGUGCUUUUCGAUAUUGGUGGUGUUUUUUGACGUUGAUGUCAAUGCCUCUGUUGUCUUGUUGCUCAUAAUACUUGAUUAAUGGUUGGUGUAUCUUCAAACUAGCUCAAACUGUGCAGUGAGACAAAACAAAAAUGUAGCGCAUGACUUUUUCUUCUUGGUGACACAUGUCGUUUUGUUGGCUGUUUCGCACUUUAUUUUGUAAAAAAAAAAAAAGGCAUGCUGUAACUGUUUGGUUUUCUGUAUAAAAGCUACAAAGUUUUCUUGCUUUGGGCCUUUCUUGAUUUUGUUUUUUCAAUAAAACUAUACACUUGAGGAA